GUAUUCUUUGUUAAGUAUGUCGCCCCCGGGGUGGUGUGAUAUCGACUACUACUAGAGUGUUAGCGCCCUCAUUCAUUCAUUUCUCUUUUGCCUAACCUUCUGUCUCUAACACUCGUUACCACUCGACAUUCAUUCAUCCAUGUUUCACUAUUCUGGGCGUCUUGCUGGACUCGACGAAAUGAUCUUGAAGAUCAGCGCUCCUUCUAAAUUUACUUCUGCGGUAUCAACAUGUAACCUCGACGGCGAGCCUUACCUCAAGGUCAAGAAGGUCAAAAAGCGCAAGGCUCAGCGGGUAUCUCGUCCACCCCUUGCGGACAAGACACUGUCGGCUGUGAAUUAUGAUUCAAUCCAGCUCCCCCACGCUCCUGGGUCUUCAAAAAUACAGUUUAAAUCAUUGGAAAAACCUGCCGCUGCUGAGAAGCCCCGCGAGGAGCGACAGAACCUUGUUCCUCCUGAUCCACCCGUUACUCGUGUCAACCGCUUACAGUGCAAUAUUGAGUCAUUUCGCCCCCUUCCUCCUGUGCCCUCUGCAUCCACACUGCAGCUACCUUCCUUUCUCAAUUUUUCCACCACACAUUCGUUGACAUCUCCUUCGCCUGCAAGUCAGUGUCGUAACAAGUCUUCCCGCUCCCUCCCAGCCAGUAUCUUGUUCCGUCAGUCAUCUAGUCACACCUCAUCUACUCGACGAGUGGUUGUUCGUAAAACUAAGAACAAAAAGGUUUAUGAAGGACCGCAUUGGGUUCCCGCCUUCCACCAUCCAAAUAGUCCUUAUGUUCCAUGGUCUCCUGCCGUACGGCAACGCAUUCUUCCUCCAUUGAUGCCAGAAUCGCCCAUUUCACCUCUUUACUCGCGUAAUGGAGCUGUCGCACCAGAGCCAUGGUGUUCGCAUUCUACCACAGAAACACAACCGAAUGUGGAAAGGCGUUCCAAUUCGUGGAAGAGCUUGAAGAAAUCGGUUAAGAGUGGCCUAAAGAGCGUCAAAAGCGUUGUCUCGCGCAUUGGCAAGAUCCCGAAACUCUCCUAUGGGCGUUCAGAUCUCAAGACGACGAAUCGCAACAACGACCCUGUCCCAUCCGCGGGUGACUACAUAGUGGUUGCGAGGAACCCAUCCCCAGUUUGCCCGGGUUCUCCGAUCAACGAUAUUUCUGCCUCACGAGCUUCGUUGGGUAGUCUUGUAUCAUCAGACUCUGUUGCCCUAACUGCAUGGCUAGCUGAACGGCAUACCUUUAACACUUCAUGCGAUUCUCGUGGCGUGUCAGUGGAAGAGUACGAGAUGAUGGGUAGUUGGUUGGACUUACAUGUCGGAGAUGGGGAAAGGGUCUGUGGCGCUUUGGAUUGUGAUGUCCAUAUUCCAAAUGGAUCACCCGAUGCGCUUUGCCACAGACUGCGGGAUUUCCUUCCAGUAGUGCCUGUCGACGCCAACGUUAACGAAGCGGUCAAAGCACCUGUGCCGAUGAAAACGUCAUUGCCCGUAUCCACGCUGAACCCCAAUUCGUUGCCACGUCCAUUUCACUCCCUUCCGCAGCUGCCAUCUCAAGCAUUUGUCAUGUCUACGAUGACCUUGGACGACCCUAACGUUGAACGUUUCUUGAUGUCCAAAAAAUCCCGUGAAUUAAGUAUGCCUGGAGCAUGGGCGUUCACAUCAUGACUCUGGACUCCUCUGUUAGUUAAUGUAUAUUUUAUCACAAAACCCAGGAUUGUGGCGUAUGUGUACUUGUUCACCCCCCACGUGUACUAGAUGGCCACCCAGUCUUAUUCUAUGGGUUAUACCUCAUUGACAAUAAUUGUACAGGCAUAUUUUUUUCUAUUUUGUACCUAUAGCCACUGUAGUUUUGUUCAUAAUUUUUAUUUUGUCUGUCCGCUUCCAACGAAGAACAAGGCAAUCGCU